AUCGCAUGAUAGUGCAUAUAUAUAGCCCCGCAUGUCCGAUUUUGUUUUGCACUCCUUUCAUUUCAAAUCUUAGAAUUUAAGUAAAGUUACAGAACCAAGCAUGGCAAAGCUUGCAGUAGUUUUUUUCGUUAUGGCGGUUACGGCCACAUUUUCCGACGCAGCGUCCCUCCUUAAACCCAACGGCAAAUUUAAUGCCGCCGCAUUCUUACAGCAUAUUCUUCCGGCAGGGACUCGUGUGACAAUUCCCUUAUCUGCGCUUGGAUACAGAGUGAAAGAUUUGGCAUGGUCACGCUGCGGAAAUAUUGUAAACGACCGCAUCAUCCUCCACGGUCUAUCGUUCGAUGACAACUUGGCGGUCACGGCUCAAGCAGAAAUGCUCGAUGAUAUUGUGGCUCCAUUGGGGUUGGAUCUUGAAAUUCAAAAACGCGUUCUGUUCUGGAUAAAGAUUCCCUGUCUGUUGGGAAAGUUUGGUAGUUGCCUGUAUCCCGAUAUCUGCGCCAAAAUGGCUGAAUCCGAAACCUUGACCGGUGAUCUACUUGCUCAUGGUCUUCCUCCCGGAUGCCCAUUCCCAGCGGGAACGCACGAAAUGAACAACUUCGUCAUGCGCAUGAAUAUAGAAGGCGAAACUCCGAACAUUCCGUCAUUCAUCGGAGCAGGUGCUUACAAAGUAAAGGUCAUCCUCCUGCAACAAGAACAAUCGGUUGCCUGCAUUAAUGCAUCGUUUGAUCUGGAAGAUGUUUAAUGCGAUCGAAACGUGAAACUGGAGAACUACGUUAUUUAUUAGCCGAAUCACGUCGAACUUCUGACCGAGAGAAAAGACUACUUGAAAUCUCAUGUGCAUCUUGCUUCUUUACUGAUAUUUUACAAUAAAAAUAUCUGAAACGAUACUUGACUGGUUGCUGAUCUCUUACUCUGUUAUUCGAAGGCUGACUUGUGAGUGCAGCUCCCUUCAUGAUAUAAAGUCAACGACAAACCGCUGUCAGAUUCCUGAA